AUUGAACCCUAGAACCAGCUCUAGAUCCCCAGUGGAAAUGACUUCAUUCUCACGUCAUCACCACCAUCCAUCUUAUCAGAUUCCAAACCACCACCACUCCAUUUGGCUUCUUCUGUCCGUUUGAAAACCCCCAGACAUGUCCCGACUCCACCGGAUCUGUCAAUAUCUCCGAGAAUGGUGGUCUGACUGUGCUUUGUUGAUGCCCGCGCGCGAUCCGGAUGAUCUGUCAGAUCAGUAUACGUUUCCGCAGGCGCGAUAUGCCGGGCAGGGAUAUCAGCAGCGACGAGCUUGAUGCCAUAAUGCCAUAAUACCAUGAUGGGGAUAUCCAGCGGGUGAAGCGAACAGUACUUGAUCUCAUGAUUCUGCCUAUUGUCUCUAGACUGAGUUGAGAACACCAUAUAUCCUAUACUGCCAGUACUACUAUGUACUACUGUUAUAUACUUCAGUACCCAGGUACUUUGGAAGACAAUAUUUGAUACUCCUCCUAUAUACUCCGUACUACGGAGUAGGCCGAUAACAAACCUGUCGGACACCCCACACUCACUCGCUCACUCACUCCACUCCAUCUCCACCACAUGCCACUUCCCUUCCCUCCGAUCCUCCAACUUCCACCAUCCAUUCCACCUUCAUAUCCAUAAUUCAAUUCAGCUGUUUCAUUCAUCCAUCUUUUACAAUACCACACUCCAAAAUGACAUCCAUCCCGACCCCCACCCACUGCGUUGCAGACUUCUGCCUCAUCCCAAUCGGAACCUCCUCCCCCUCCGUCUCCGCCCAGAUCGCCGACGUCCAGCGACUCAUUGAGUCCUCCGGUGUAAAAUACGUCAUGCACUCUGCCGGAACCACUAUCGAAGGAUCCUGGGAUCGCGUUCUCCAGGUUAUCGGCCAGGCGCAUACCAUCUUGCAUCAGCAGGGGAUUGUGCGCAUUCAGACGGAUAUUCGGGUUGGGUCGAGAAUCGACAAGGAACAGUCUUUCCAGGAUAAGGUGGAUAAGGUGCGUGAGUUACUGGGUCGGGAGGAGUAAUGGUUCCAACAUGGUAGAUAACUAUCUAAUAUCAUUCAACUAUAC